CAUUUGUGUUAUAAAGUCUGUUCUUGCCCCACCAAGCAAGGAUAAGUAAGAUAAAAUCGAUACAUUCACCCAAAGCUCUAUAUCAUAAUACCAAUACAUUUAGAACGGGUAAUGCUGUUUCAAAAAUUGUUUGUUUUUUUUAACUUACUCUAGUAACUUUUUUAUAGGUGAUGACACCAUAUGUAACUGUGUGGUUGUAUUUAUUCAGUCAAUAGAUUGUUGCUCGCCCACAUAAGGCAUGUAUAAUAUGUGGGGGUGCUAUGAGCAAUCUAACAAUGCGGAGUAAAAUGUAAAAAUGAGAUUAAAAAAAAUUUAAUGAACCGGCAUGUUUUUACUAAAAUGUCUGUUUUAUUAAUAAUGAUUUAACUUUUUUUUUUUGUAUUUCUCUUUGACGUGUGUUUUACUUGCAGCAGGAUUUAAUGUAUCCCAACAUAUGUGUAUCACGAAAUUAGAUGUGAUUUUGUCAAUCCUUUGAUAGCAAGUGUUGUUAACGAAAUCCCCCACUGUUACACCUUAAUAACAAUUCAUAAAAAGAAAAAGGCUUUUUCCAAAACAAUGCCUGAUGACUCGUCACAUUUUUUAGCUUCAUUCCAAGAAUGAGUCAUCAUUUUAUGGUUCAAAAGUUGAUAUCCUGUCAUUUAUAGAACGUCAUGAAAAUUUCCAUUGAUAUGAGCUAUAUUAUAUCCCACACACAUGUAAACAAUAUGUACAACAUUAGUUAGCAGUCUAACUACAAGAUGGAUGUUUGGAUAUUCUGUUUAUGCAUAUUUCUCGGCGCCAAGCAAUUGGGAUUGGCAGAAGGCCAUGGUAGGUUGAUGGAACCCCCUAGCAGGUCCAGCAUGCACCGCAGAAUAAAUGACCCAGAGAUACGACCAUAUAAGAACAUAAUUGUUGCAAAUUAUAACGACAUGGGCCUGAACUGUGGGGGGAGAUCUAAUCAAAUUGCAAAUGGCGGCCGAUGUGGAGUGUGUGGUGAUCCAUAUAAUGAUCCUGAACCUCGCGAAAAUGAGGCAGGAGGGAAAUUUGCUCAAGGCUUUGUCACAAGGAACUACCAGCGUGGACAACUUGUACCAGUCACGGUGGAGCUCACAGCACCUCAUCUCGGUUAUUUUGAGUUCAGGAUUUGUCCGUGGAAUAACUUUGAAAAACCUAUCACCCAUGAAUGCCUGGAUCAACAUCUCUUGUCAUUUGAAAACCAUGAGACCAGAUAUCCAAUAACAUCAUCCAUAGCACAAAGUUACAACAUGAAUGUUCAGCUUCCAACAGAUGUUGUUUGUGAACAGUGUGUAUUACAGUGGAGAUAUAGAACAGGUAAUAGUUGGGGGACCGAAAAUGGUGAAAGUGGAAUAGGUUUGGGGCAACAAGAAGAAUUCUAUGGAUGUGCUGAUGUGGCUGUUGCUGGUGGUGUUCCACCACCUGGGAAUUUCCCUGCUCCAAGCACAGUGUCAAGCAGUUCAACUUCUACAACAACAACAAGAAGACCUACAACAACAACAACUGUUUGGCCAACAACAAGAAGACCUACAACAACAACAACUGUUUGGCCAACAACAAGAAGACCUACAACAACAACAACUGUUUGGCCAACAACAAGAAGACCUACAAUGACAACAACAACAACAAAAGCAAGAACAACAACUAUUUGGCCAACCACCACAACUACAACAACAACAACAUAUUCUCCAGCUAAUGUUCCUCCAGCCGACAAGAUAACAAGUUGCAAAAACCAACCUAUUAUGAUACCACUUCCCGUGAACGAUGAUUGUGAUCGUUUCUACCAAUGUUGGAACUCCUAUAUGAAACCAUACAAAAUGCGAUGUGGUUCUGGCACCGUGUAUAAUCCUGAUAUACGUCGCUGCGACCACCCGUACAACGUUGCGCCACCGUGCGGAACAAGGCAGGGGUAAAAUCUAAAUAGCUUGCAGAAAAUUUGAGUUGAUGUGAUAACGGAAUUGUCAAAAAUUUACAAAUAUUUUUUUUUACAAUAAAAAUAAAACUAUUUAAAAAUAGCGAGAACGUUGAGAGUCUUUAUAGGUGUAGUUAUUCACUUUAAAAGCGCGUUAUUUUAUGGAGUGCGUUUGGCAGCGAAUUUAACUGUUUGAUUCGUUUAUUGAUUUUUUCAUUGUAGUUAUAAGUUUGUGUAACAUGCGUCUGUUUUCAGUGUUGUUCGUUUGCCUUGAUAAUUUAUUUUACAUAAAACCAUUACUACGCAAGCAAUUAACCGAUCUAUACGAGUUAAUUACAGCAAUUAGCUAAUAAAAUUUACCCAAUAAAUAUUCUUAGAUACCGUUGAAACAUUACCGCUAUUGCAAUCAUGAUGUGCAAUUCUCCUGCGCUUUUACUUAAACAAAAAGCAAAACUUUUUCCUAGCAAAUGUGUCUUCUUAUUUGGGCAGUGUAAUAGUUUUUUCUUUGUUUGUUUGUUCGAAGCGAAUUACGUAAUAAACCGAAUCACCAGUGUUUGCAAACA